GCCACGCCAAUCACUGCCGUCGUACCUACAUCAGUGACGGUACCGUUUCUCUUUUCUAGAGCUAACAAUACGAAACACUUGUUGUCGACGUUGAAAACACAUUCGCCACUGCUAGCCAUAAUCGUCUUUUAUCGACGUAAUACUGCGAUUAAAACCGAUUGGGCAACUGAGUUAUCCCCAAAAAGAGAAAUUAAAAGAGAAAGGUAGAUAAAGACUAAGAGUGUAUUAAUUGAACGUGUUUUUCCGGGAGACAAACCUUUAUAUAUCUACAAACGCACGCGAAGCUUAUAGUUACCUUCGACAAGGCAACCAUUGAAUUGUUUGGAAAUUAGAAUUUCACCUGUCAUCUUCUCCGGAUAGCCUUUUAGUGUAAAUAUAGAUAUCUUAACGGUAAACUCAUUAUUUGAUCCUCAUCAUCGAAUGCACUGACUUUUGUCAACAGUUGUUGAAUUAAACAUUACCCGAUAGCUAUACGAUUGAAGUAAUGAUGCGGCUGGUGAUAGGUUUUGUGGCUAUCGCCAUGUCCCUGACCACCGUGAUUUCGUCAACAGUUAGCGAACUCCGUGUUCAACCCGAGCAAAUACAUUUAUCACUUGGACAGGAUCCAUCACAGAUGGUUGCUACAUGGCUUACUAUUAAUCAAACGAAAAAACCUCAGGCCAGGUACGGUGCCGCAGGGAAUAGUAGCUCGGUACUGUUUAGCAUGAAAGUGAAUGGCUGGUCAACGAAAUACGUCGAUGGUGGGACCGAGCAACGUCAGAUGUAUAUACAUCGAGCAAUCAUGACUGGUUUAGUGCCUGGGCAACGAUAUUAUUAUCACGUGGGUAGCGACGAUGGAUGGAGUCCAGUCUUUUGGCUCCAGGCUCAGCGGAACGACAGUGCAUUUGCACCAACUCUCGCUGUCUACGGCGAUCUCGGAAACGUGAACGGCCAUUCAAUCCCGUUCGUUCAGGACGAAGUACAAAAAAACACAAUCGAUGCGAUUCUUCACGUUGGAGACUUUGCCUAUGACAUGAAUUCGGACAACGCUCGCGUUGGAGAUGAGUUUAUGAGACAGAUUGAACCAAUCGCGGCGUAUGUGCCGUAUCAGACAUGUCCUGGAAACCACGAAAACGCCUACAAUUUCUCGAAUUACGAUUACCGCUUCAGCAUGAUGCAGUCCAACGGACAGAUCAACAAUCAUUAUUACAGCUUUAAUUAUGGUCCAGCCCACAUUAUCAGCUAUUCAACCGAGUUCUACUUCUUCAUUUGGUACGGGUGGCACCAGAUUAAGUAUCAAUAUCAGUGGCUGGAGCAAGAUCUUAUCGAAGCUACCAAGCCUGAAAAUCGCGCCAAACACCCCUGGAUUAUCGUAAUGGGCCAUCGACCUAUGUACUGCUCCAAUGACGACCACGAUGACUGUCGAUACCGCGAGAGUAUUGUUCGAAAGGGUAUUCCCAUCGUCCGAGCCUACGGUUUAGAGGACCUAUUUUAUAAGUACGGAGUUGAUCUGUGCAUUGCUGCUCAUGAGCAUUCCUACGAGCGGUUAUGGCCAAUUUAUGAUAUGAAGGUCUACAAUGGAAGUGCCGAAGCUCCGUACACCAACCCAAAGGCCCCCGUGCAUCUCAUUACAGGCUCAGCGGGAUGUCAAGAGAAUAUUGACCCCUUUGUGAAGAAGCCUGCUCCUUGGAGUGCAGUACGGAUCUCGGAUUAUGGCUACACGCGAAUGAAGCUCCACAAUGCAACCCACCUGACACUGCAGCAGUUGUCUGCAAUUAAAGAAGGCAAAGUGGUAGACGAAAUUACUAUCAUCAAAGAUAAACAUGGACCGUACACACUUUAAGAAGACACACGAUUUACGCAGAAGCUACCAUCGAUCUUGCACUAAUUCCAAAUCUAAUCUAAAAAGAGUUUUAACUCAAAAAGAAAAAGUUACAAUGCCCAUGGCGCCAUUUUAGAAAAUGAAGAGCGGCAAGAAUUUAAUAAAAUAAU